GACGAGCGUCCCGACGCCGCUCUCUCUCGACUCGCUCGACGGCGCGACCAGCUCGACGCAGUCAGUACACGCGUCCCGACGCCCGGGAAUGCGUCCGUUGACGGAGGUGUAGUUUUGCCGCGCGAGUUUACGAUCGUGCGGGUGACACUCCGUUGGAAAACGUGCAAAAUUCGCGGGUCCACUCGAAGAAGGGAAAAAGAAAAGAGUGCGUGGACGAAAGAGUGAACAAAAAGGGAUAUACGCGCGUAUAUGGCGCGCCGUGUCAUACUCCCGCCAGUAUAAUGCUACACUUUCUUCGCGAGAAUGAGGGUAGCACGGCUAUUACUGUGCUGCGUACUUCUCGAAGACUACAGCACCAAUCUCGGCGGAACGGCAAUUACCAGUGACGCUAUGCGCCAAGACGGCUCCUCGUCCGCGACGAAUCCGACGCUAUCAGAUGUGCCGAGCUUCUCCGAGCCGAUUGGCAAUGUGACCGCCGCUAUCGGCAAAGAGGUCGCCCUCUCCUGUACCAUCAAGAAAGUGGGAAAUUACAAGGUAGGAUGGCUACGUGCCGAGGAUCAGACGAUACUAUCGAUGGGCGAUCGCAAGGUCAUCCAGUCAGCUCGAUUCUUCGUCACCCAGGAGAAUGCCAAGACGAAGAAUCAGACGCAGUCGCGGGAGGACGAGGAGGCCACUUGGCAGCUGCAUAUUCGGGGGUUGAAGGAGGCCGAUCGUGGCUGCUACAUGUGCCAACUCAACACCAAGCCCAUGUUGAGCCAGCUGGGAUGCGUGGACGUCCUAGUGCCGCCUGAUAUUCUGAGUACCGGCACCUCAGAUGGCGAGGUCUCCGUUCUCGAGGGUGAGAACGCCACGUUGUCGUGCAAGGCGUCCGGACGGCCACCACCUCGCGUGUUCUGGCGACGCGAGAAAAGUGAUUUCAUACUCGUGAGGGGUGUUCACGACCCGUUGAUACAAGUGGACAACCUGUCUGGCGAGAGGCUAGAAUUAACCAGGGUAGACAGAAGGCAAAUGGGGGCUUAUCUUUGCAUAGCUAGAAACGAAGUGCCUCCGGCGGUCAGCAAGAGGGUUAAUCUAAAAGUAAAUUUCCCUCCUAGCGCAAAAGCACCUAAUCAACUACUCAGUUCUCCCCUGGAUACAAACGUGUCGCUAAUCUGCUUAAUCGAGGCUUAUCCUAGGACGAUUAACUUGUGGAUGCGGAAGGAGCAAGUUAUCAUGGGCGGAGGCAGAUACGAAAUCCGCGAGCAAUGGGACCCCGACGAGGAAUGGAAGAUGACGAUCGAGUUGAAGAUAAGACGUUUGGAGAAAACGGAUUUGGGUGAAUACACGUGCUCAGCCUCCUCAAGUAUGGGAAAAGCUGAGGCGACUCUCAGGGUGUACGAGAUCGAGCGAGUAACCAUGCCCAACCGCGUCACUUCGCCUAACUGGAAGCGAUUGAACCGAGGCAAGGGACGUGUGCAAGGGACGAUGGUCAAUCGGGUUUUCUAUCAGCAGGUGAGCACGCCGGCGAUGCAGAAGAGCACCGCGCGAUUGAUUUACAACAACAGGUACGCGACCACGUCGACCACCGCGGAUCCGCGCGCUCCCUUAAUCAAGGACCAGGGUAAUGCCUUUACACACAACAACCACAACGACAACCACCAGAAUCUCAAAGAUCGCAACGAUGCGUCCGCGAUUGUCGCCAGCAAGAGGAUCGUCCUGCCGCUCUGUCUCAUAUUGUUCUCGGCAGUGCGAUAAGACGUAAUGUGACGAGAACGACGAGGACGACGAUAUAACUACCCCUUCGCUGAAAAGAAUUACUUUGCGAGCUGGCAUGGAAUUGUGUUCAUCGAUCCGACAAACAGCGAAAAUAAGAAAAAAGAAGCUCACGAAAAGACUCGCAAACGAAAAAACGCGGAGGGGGAGGAGAGAAAGAAAGAAGGGAGAAGGGAGGCAAUUCUCAGACAACGACGACAAGGGAUCGAAGGGCUGAUGAAAGAACUGUUCCGUUUAAUUAGCCAGAUCAACGUUCUUAGUAGCACGAGGGAAGAUCGAAAGGGAAGCGAACACUUGAACGCUUUUACAGGGUAAGAUCGAAAGAGAAGCUGAACGAACACUUGGCCGCGUGGCAGGAUGGCAACGGAGAGGGAGUCUGAUCCGUUAAUGCGAGCGAAUGUUGCCAGAGAUAACCGCUGCGGAUUUUUACGGAAAGACGCUUACGAAUGUAUUUUUUAUGACCCUUUUAUCCGUUGCUAACGUGUGAGAAAUUCAGGGAUGAAAUGAUGGUUCUUUGGUUGGAUUAAUAUAUAUUAUUACCCGGAUAAUUUUAACUCUUGGACAGCAGAACACUCGAUACAACUUACUCCAAGCAAUACUAUUAUAAAAUCGAAUUUACUUUUAUUAUAAAAUAAAAUUUUCGUCUGAUUCUAUUUGCAUUGUAUCCAUAAAUCACUUGUUGUCUGGUCAAUAAGAUAAAAUAUACAUAUGAAAAUAAAUAAUAUAAAUAAAUAAAUGUAAAAUAAUUUGACACAUAAUUAUUGAACAAGAAAAAUAAAAAAAGAAGAUCCAGGCAUUGCUGUCUCAGAAUUAAAAACACGAAGUGAUUUUUAUUAUUCAAAAAGCGAAUGAUUAUUCCUUUCUUUUUGUGGAAUUAAUAAACACUUGGAGUAAUUUUAUAACGUUAGCGUCGAAAGCCUUAUAUAUGCAGGGUGUCUGUCUAAAAUGAGCUGUCACCGUCGUUGACGACGGAUGGAGCCCGCAGAGUUUAAACGCUUACGUGCAAAUUGCAAUCUUGAUGCGCAUAUUGUUCAUCUCGUAACGACAGUGACAACUCAGUUAAAGUGAACAUCUGUUACGUUGCCAUUGUAAUACGUCUUCGAUGAAUCACAAGAACUUUCCGAGCAAUUGUCCGAUCGUACCCAAACGCAGACAAAUAAUUAGCAUACUAAUUUGUAUGUAAGAGAUAAGAGACGAUAAUAUCUUUGUUUAUUGUGAUGUAAGAAAGCGAAUCGAUAUUAUACUUGGCAUCAUAGCGAGCGUCAUAUCCGAAAAAAAAAAAGAUCCAUAUCUGUAGCACAUAUAACAGUACACUGAACACUUUAGGAGAAUAUAUUAUAAGUCAUUUUGGUUAUUUUAUGUAUUUUUUAAAAUUACAUGUAGACAAAUAAUGUACCUUAUGUAUGUCGGUAAUGAAGCAGACCACGUUGUAGGUACGGUAUAAGUGGUUAAACGCGAGGAAUGACCGAUGUAUCCGCUUUUUAAAUAAAACGCGUUAAAUAAAA